CAUGUGUUUCCACCAAGGUAUGCAUUCUACAUCAUUGUAUACAUCAGAAGUUUGGAUUACUUAUACUAUUAUAUCUGGAGUUUUGCUCUUGAAUAGAUCAUAUCCUUCUAUAUUAUCUCAGGUCCCAAGAGGUCAAUGCUCCGAGGAAUGUCUUCCGGGGUUCAGAAAAUCUGUAUGAGAAGGAUAUCACCCAUGUUGUUAUAAUUGUGCUCUGUGUUCAGAAGGAGAAAUAUCAAACCAAUCUGACAGUGAACUCUGCAAGAAGUGUCCUGAAAAUGAAUGGCCUAACAAAGCUAAAACUAUUUGUAGUGACAAGGUCAAUGAGUAUUUAUCAUACGAGGAGGAUAUUCUAGUUUUAUUUUUUUCUAUAACUUCAGUCAUAUUUGCUACAACAUCUCUCCUUAUACUUGGACUAUUUGUUUGGUUUCGGAGCACUCCCAUAGUCAGAGCCAAUAACCGGAACCUCAGCUUCAUUCUGCUCCUCUCCCUCAUACUGAGCUUCCUUUCUGUAUUCCUGUUCCUUGGCCGUCCUGUGGAUAUUACCUGUAUGCUGCAACAAGUCACUUUUGGAGUUACCUUAACCAUCUCAGCAUCUUCUAUCCUCGCCAAAACCAUCAUGGUCUUCAUUGCUUUUAAAGCCACCAGACCUGGAAGCUCCUGUAGAAAAUGGGUGGGAGUCAAACUUCCCAAUACAGUCAUGUUAUUCUGCUCAUCCAUUCAGGUUAUGAAUUGCAUUCUCUGGUUGUCCAUCUCGCCACCAUUUCAGGAGUAUGACAUGGACUCCUAUCCUGGGAAGAUCCUCAUUCAGUGUAAUGAAGGGUCAGUUAUCGGCUUCUACUCUAUGUUGGGUUAUAUGGGGUUUCUGGCAGCUGUGAGUUUUCUUCUGGCUUUCAUGGUGAGGACGUUACCAAACAGUUUUAAUGAUGCCAAGUACAUCACCUUCAGCAUGCUGGUGUUCUGCAGUGUCUGGAUUGCCAUGAUCCCGGCCUAUCUGAGCACCAGAGGGAAAUACAUGGUGGCUGUGGAGAUAUUUGCCAUACUGACCUCCAGUGCUGGAAUAUUAUUGUGUAUGUUUUCUCCAAAACUCUACAUUUUACUUUUCAAACCUGAACUGAAUACAAGAGGGACAAUGCUGGGGAAGAGAAUGAUGUAAAUGUAACACAUUGAUUCAAUGUAUAAUGCUGUAGAUCAGAUUAAACAAAUUCAGUCA